UGGCUCCCCACUUGCCGCAACCACCUCCGCCGGGCGCCUCUUCCGCCGCCGCGGACUCCGGCAGCUUUUUCGCUAGAGUCCUCGAACUCUCGUUUUCUUUCUAAUCCGCUGCUUAGGAUCACCGGCGUGCCCCACCAUGUCAGACGCGGCCGUGGACACCAGCUCCGAGAUCACCACCAAGGACUUAAAGGAGAAGAAGGAAGUUGUGGAGGAGGCAGAAAAUGGAAGAGAAGCACCUGCUAACGGGAACGCUAAUGAGGAAAAUGGGGAGCAGGAGGCUGACAAUGAGGUAGAUGAAGAAGAGGAAGAAGGAGGAGAGGAGGAGGAGGAGGAGGAGGAGGAAGGUGAUGGUGAGGAAGAGGAUGAAGAUGAGGAGGCUGAGGCAACUACGGGCAAGCGGGCAGCUGAAGAUGAUGAGGAUGGCGAUGCUGACACCAAGAAGCAGAAGACUGAUGAAGAUGACUAGACAGCAAAAAAGGAAAAGUUAAACUUAAAAAUAAAAAAGGCCGCCGUGACCUAUUCACCUUCCACUUCCCGUCUCAGAAUCUAAACGUGGUCACCUUCGAGUAGAGAGUCCCGCCCACCUGCCCGCCCACCACGGGCAGUGCCACCCGCAGAUAACGACACGCUCUCCACCACCCAACCAAAACCACAACGUGAAUUUGCAACAGGGGAGGAAAAAAGAACCAAAACUUCCAAGGCCCUGCUUUUUUUCUUAAAAGUACUUUAAAAAGGAAAAUUUGUUUGUAUUUUUUAUUUACAUUUUAUAUUUUUGUACAUAUUGUUAGGGGUCAGCUAUUUUUAAUGAUCUCGUGAUGACCAAACCAGCCUUUGGAGCGUUCUCUGUCCUGCUUCUGACUUUACUUGUGGUGUGACCAUGUUCAUUAUAAUCUCAAAGGAGAAAAAAACCUUGUAAAAAAAGCAAAAAC